AUGAAAGUUAAGGUAAUAAAUAUUCACUNUGCCAGUCCCGUAUCUCCACAGCCUGCCAGUCCCGUAUCUCCACAGCCUGCCAGUCCCGUAUCUCCACAGCCUGCCAGUCCCGUAUCUCCACAGCCUGCCAGUCCCGUAUCUCCACAGCCUGCCAGUCCCGUAUCUCCACAGCCUGCCAGUCCCGUAUCUCCACAGCCUGCCAGUCCCGUAUCUCCACAGCCUGCCAGUCCCGUAUCUCCACAGCCUGCCAGUCCCGUAUCUCCACAGCCUGCCAGUCCCGUAUCUCCACAGCCUGCCAGUCCCGUAUCUCCACAGCCUGCCAGUCCCGUAUCUCCACAGCCUGCCAGUCCCGUAUCUCCACAGCCUGCCAGUCCCGUAUCUCCACAGCCUGCCAGUCCCGUAUCUCCACAGCCUGCCAGUCCCGUAUCUCCACAGCCUGCCAGUCCCGUAUCUCCACAGCCUGCCAGUCCCGUAUCUCCACAGCCUGCCAGUCCCGUAUCUCCACAGCCUGCCAGUCCCGUAUCUCCACAGCCUGCCAGUCCCGUAUCUCCACAGCCUGCCAGUCCCGUAUCUCCACAGCCUGCCAGUCCCGUAUCUCCACAGCCUGCCAGUCCCGUAUCUCCACAGCCUGCCAGUCCCGUAUCUCCACAGCCUGCCAGUCCCGUAUCUCCACAGCCUGCCAGUCCCGUAUCUCCACAGCCUGCCAGUCCCGUAUCUCCACAGCCUGCCAGUCCCGUAUCUCCACAGCCUGCCAGUCCCGUAUCUCCACAGCCUGCCAGUCCCGUAUCUCCACAGCCUGCCAGUCCCGUAUCUCCACAGCCUGCCAGUCCCGUAUCUCCACAGCCUGCCAGUCCCGUAUCUCCACAGCCUGCCAGUCCCGUAUCUCCACAGCCUGCCAGUCCCGUAUCUCCACAGCCUGCCAGUCCCGUAUCUCCACAGCCUGCCAGUCCCGUAUCUCCACAGCCUGCCAGUCCCGUAUCUCCACAGCCUGCCAGUCCCGUAUCUCCACAGCCUGCCAGUCCCGUAUCUCCACAGCCUGCCAGUCCCGUAUCUCCACAGCCUGCCAGUCCCGUAUCUCCACAGCCUGCCAGUCCCGUAUCUCCACAGCCUGCCAGUCCCGUAUCUCCACAGCCUGCCAGUCCCGUAUCUCCACAGCCUGCCAGUCCCGUAUCUCCACAGCCUGCCAGUCCCGUAUCUCCACAGCCUGCCAGUCCCGUAUCUCCACAGCCUGCCAGUCCCGUAUCUCCACAGCCUGCCAGUCCCGUAUCUCCACAGCCUGCCAGUCCCGUAUCUCCACAGCCUGCCAGUCCCGUAUCUCCACAGCCUGCCAGUCCCGUAUCUCCACAGCCUGCCAGUCCCGUAUCUCCACAGCCUGCCAGUCCCGUAUCUCCACAGCCUGCCAGUCCCGUAUCUCCACAGCCUGCCAGUCCCGUAUCUCCACAGCCUGCCAGUCCCGUAUCUCCACAGCCUGCCAGUCCCGUAUCUCCACAGCCUGCCAGUCCCGUAUCUCCACAGCCUGCCAGUCCCGUAUCUCCACAGCCUGCCAGUCCCGUAUCUCCACAGCCUGCCAGUCCCGUAUCUCCACAGCCUGCCAGUUCAGCGUCUCCUCCUCAAGCGGCUUCCAUAUCCAGUAAGUUAUACUAUUUUAUACAUGUCUAAUUUU